AGACAAGCAAGUAGGAUUGCCAAGGAGGAGCUGAAUGGCCAAGUCCUUUUGGAGAGUGGCGAAAAAAGCACUAGACUGGUCUCCACACCCUACAUGCUAGAAAAGUCUUUAUCUGAUCCAUCAACAGACUUUGAUAAAAUUCACAGCACAGUGAAAAGUCACAGGUCUGAAUUCAAGCAUGAGAAAUCCUGGAGAAGACAAAAGAUCUCAGGCACAAGAGAACGCAAAGCAGCCACUACCCUGGGAUUAAUCUUGGGUGCAUUUGUAAUAUGUUGGCUUCCUUUUUUUGUAAAAGAAUUGGUUGUUAAUGUAUGUGAAAAGUGUAACAUUUCUGAAGAAAUGUCCAACUUUUUGACAUGGCUUGGCUAUCUCAAUUCCCUUAUAAAUCCAUUGAUUUACACAAUCUUUAAUGAAGACUUCAAGAAAGCAUUCCAAAAACUUGUACGAUGUCGAUGUUAGUUUAAAGAAAGUUGAGUAUUAAAAAGUUGGGGAUUUUUUUCAGGUGAAGUAGCUAAAUGAAUGCUAAUUAAUAAAGCUUUUAAACUUUAGAAGGAAAUAAAUUAAAACUGCUAAAAUGAUAAGAGUAUAAUGUAUGCUUUAAUAGCAACAUGAACAAAACAAAAUUUUUCCAUUUAAAAAUGUUUCUUUUGACCAUCAUUCUAUAAUGCUCAAAUUAGAAAGUAAUUUAUUGCUUAUAAACAAUAUUUUGCCUAUGCAAUGUUCCUAAAAGGCUAACUGGAAAUAUAUAUAUGUAUAUCUACAUAUACCCACAAAAUUAAUAAUACAGGUUCUUCAGGUUCAUGUCUUACAACAAGAAGAGUGUUCAAUUAACAGCAGAACUCCAUUCAUAAUUUCUAUAUAAUCUUAUUGUUUUAUUAUAUAAUUCUAUUAUUUUGUAAAAACUAUAAUUUAC